AUGAACUGCCAGCCCCACAGUCACUUUGAGGAAUGUGCCAGCCCGUGCCAGCCGACCUGCCCCUUCCCAGAGCAGCAGCAGAUCUGUGCCACCGUUUGUGUGGAGACCUGUGUGUGCGAUAAGGGCUAUGUCCUGAGCGCCGGCGUGUGCGUCCCAGAAGCAACUUGCGGCUGCUCCUAUCAGGGGCGCUACUACAAACCAGGCCAACGCUUUUGGGAAGGCCCGGGCUGUGGGCGCCUCUGUGAGUGUGACACGACUCUGGGGACGGUGGUCUGCAAUGAGGCUUCAUGCGCGGACAAUGAGGAGUGCUCUGUGGUGGAUGGGAUCCGUGCUUGUCGGCCCACAAGCUUUGCCACAUGUACAGCCGAGGGAGACCCUCACUACAUGACAUUUGAUGGCCGGAGAUUUGACUUCCAGGGUACGUGUAAAUAUCAACUGGCGGCGUUGUGUGUGAAGAAACCGUAUCUGGAGCCAUUUAAAGUCACCGUGCAGAAUGAAAACAGAGGCAACAACUUAGCCGUGUCCAUCACCAGAACUGUGAUCAUCGAGAUGUACGGAGUCACGAUCAUCAUCAGUCGAGAGAACCCCAAUAAAAUAUGGCUUGACGGUCAGCUCGAGGACUUGCCCCUGCAGUACAGCGAUGACCUGUGGGUGUCACACAGCGGUCAAAAAGCGGUGGUCGAAACAGCAGCUGGUAUCACUAUAACCUUUGACUGGCACCACCGUGUCUCUGUGACUCUGCCAAGCAAGUACCAGGGUGCUGUAUGCGGUCUGUGUGGAAACUAUAAUGAAAAUCCUAACGACGAUUUCAACAAGCCCAAUGGCGAGGCUGCUAAUACUGAAGUCCAGCUGGGGGAGAGCUGGAGGGUCGGCAUUGUUCAGGGCUGCUUAUCAGUGUGCCAGGGGCCGAGGUGCAGUCGCUGUGAUGGCUCCCAGAAAGAUGUGUACAAAGUGGAGAAAUACUGUGGCAUUAUUGCGGACAAGACGGGGCCGUUCAAAGAGUGCCACAGCCGCAUUAAUAAUGCCCCAUAUCUGGAGGACUGUGCGUUUGAUGCGUGUCAGUAUGAUGGGCACCACGGCUCUGUGUGUGAUGCCAUCGAGGCUUAUGUGUCCGCCUGUCAGAGCGCAGGGGUAGAGGUGCGCCCAUGGAGGACGUACAAGUUCUGUCCGAUGUUGUGCCCCGCUAACAGCCAUUACACCCUCUGUGCCACGAGCUGCCCCGCCACCUGUGCCAGCUUAACCUCGGUGAACUGCAACAGAUCAUGUGCAGAAACGUGUGAAUGCGACGAUGGCUUCCUGCUGAGUGGGGGAGCCUGUGUGCCCAUCAAAGACUGCGGCUGCUCCUACGGCGGACACUAUUACCAGAGCGGUGCUGUCUUUUAUCCAGACGACAAAUGUUUGGAGAAGUGUGUCUGCGGAGAAAAUGGCGCUGUUUUAUGCCAGAGAACCAGAUGCCGUUUUGGUGAGAUGUGUAAACUGGUGGAUGGUGUCAGAGGCUGUCAUCCUGUGGGGGAGGCGUGGUGCGUGGCUUCCGGAGAUCCACAUUACCAGACCUUUGAUGGCCACAGGUUUGACUUCCAGGGUACGUGCGUUUAUAUUCUGGCCAAAGUGUGCGAUGACGAUGAAGGCCAACUGACGUCAUUCACCGUGACGCAAGGAAAUGAGAAGUGGGGCAAUGGAAACGUGGCGGUCACAAAGUCGGUGGGAGUUGAAGUCUAUGGUUUUGUCAUCUAUAUUCAGCGAGGAGACAGCUGGAAAGUCAAAGUGAACGGUGAAUUUGUCAAUCUGCCCUCGUCCCUACACGACGGUCGCAUCCAAAUAACCCAAGAGGGACGCAACAUCAUUGUCAGAACUGACUUUGGUUUGAGAGUUCAGUACGAUACCGUCUAUCACGCCGAAGUCAUCGUACCGUCUACAUACUGGCGAAGAAUGUGUGGCCUUUGUGGCAACUACAACAGAAACCGCAAUUAUGACUUCUUACUGCCGAAUGGAAAAUUUACCAAAGAUGUCGAUGUGUUUGGAAAGGCAUGGGCUGUGGAGCUCCCUGGUUUCGAUUGUGGAGGUUGUGGAAGUCAAUGUCCAGUGUGCGAUCGAGCUAAAGCCGCAGUAUUGCUGAAGCCAGACUCCUGCGAUAAGGAUGCUCUGUGCGACAGCAUCAUGGCCUAUGCUCUGGCCUGUCAGAGUGCUGGAGUUCAGAUUCAACAGUGGAGGAGCGACUCUUUCUGCCAGAACAGCCACUAUGAGCUGUGUGCAGACACCUGUAGAGGCACCUGCGCUGGACUCCUGAAGGCGGUGUCCUGCUCUGAGAACUGCUUUGAAGGAUGCCAGUGUGACCAGGGUUUGGUGUUUGAUGGGGACCAGUGUGUUUCUCCCAGCAAGUGCGGAUGUCUACACGGCGAUAGAUAUCUAAAGGUCGGUGAAUCGGUCGUCGACCCUCAAUGCCAGUCCACAUGUGUGUGUCAGGCGCCUGGAAUAGUCAAAUGUGAAAAAACAGUCUGCGGCAGCUCUGAGGUCUGUGAGGUCCGUGACGGUGUGAGGGACUGCCACCCAACUCAAGGCCAAUGCAGCAUCGACAAGGCCGCUCACCUCUCCACCUUUGACGGCUUGACGGGGCCCAUGGGUGAUCUGGGGGCUUUCGAGGUGGCCUCCCUGUGCGACUUCACUGACGCGCGCUGGUUCAGGGUGGUGGUGGACGUGCGCAGAUGUGGGAAGGGAAGUCUUGUUGUGGACGCAGUCUACGUCUUCUUCACAAACUACAGCAUCGCAGUGAAUGGUCAACAGGAAGUUUGGGUGAAUGGCAGAAAGACGUCCCUCCCAGUAGAACUGGACUUUCGUGUUUCCUUGUACGUAUCUGAGAACAGUGUGGUCAUAGAGAAGACCUCCGUUCUACGCGUCACCUUUUCUCUCACACGGGAGUUCAGAGUGAUUGUGGACCCUACCCUCACUUACAAAAUGUGUGGAGCCUGCGGAAACUACAACCACGACCCCAAAGACGACACAACCAUAGCGGGUAGUGACGAGAAGACCUCAACAGAUCUAACCACAGCGGUGUGGUCAUGGCGUGCGGGAGACUUCUCAAGAUGUGGCCUCAAGAGUUUUGCAUAG